AUGGGCUCUUUCGAUACUGGCCAGUCUGUCGGCACUCCUGCACCUCCUUCUGGGCCUCGUCCUGGCUCGCAGCAUCAGCAAUCGAUGAGCUACAACAUGAACGGUCAUCAGAUGAAUGGCAUGAUGCCGCCGCAGCACUACCCCUCCUAUCCCGACCCCAAUGGCGGCUAUGCGUCUAAUCAGCAGCAAGCCUCGGCGCCUGCGCCUGCCUCCUACUACCUCGAUGGCUUGAAGCGUCAGAUCUACACUGCUGUUUACUCUAAUGUCUCGGUCUACGAAAUGGAAGUCAACGGUGUCGCCGUCAUGCGCCGCAGAUCCGAUUCAUGGCUGAAUGCUACUCAGAUCCUCAAGGUCGCCGGCGUCGAUAAGGGCAAGCGCACCAAGGUUCUAGAGAAAGAAAUUCUUACUGGGGAGCACGAGAAAGUUCAAGGCGGUUACGGAAAAUAUCAAGGUACCUGGAUCAACUACCAGCGCGGACGAGAGUUCUGCCGUCAAUUCGGUGUAGAAGAGCUCCUUCGCCCUCUGCUCGAGUACGAUGUGUCGAAUGAUGGCAAUUCUGGCAUGGAGACGCCUACCAAAGAGCAAGCUUUGGCUGCGCAGCGUCGUCGCAUGUAUGGUGCUGACCCUAGCAUGUCGCAAUCUGGCACCUACUUCAAGAACAUGUCUAACACCGCUGCGAAUGCCAUCCAGGCGCUCAACCGCACUCGCAUGGACUCUCCUAACCACAUCGACGGUCGGCGCUCGACUGGCCCAAGACGCCCUUCUCAAUACGGCCAAGACCAGUACCAGAGCAGUCAGCAGAGCCUCCAGAGCAUUGCCUCGCAAGACAGCUUCAACAACAAUGCGAUCAUGAGUCAAGGUGCCAGUUUCGCCGACUUUCCCAACACCGAGUCGCAAGAGCCGCCACGCAAGCGUAUUAGACCUUCGCCCAACACUUCGUUCAUGGGAGCCUUUGACAACCACAUGGAUCUCUCGCUGCCUGAUGGCACUCCUACUGAGCCCACUCAGUCGUUCUUCUCUCAACACAGCCAGUCUUUCUUGUUGCCGCAGCCAAUUCCAUAUUCCGUCGAGCCUUUGCCCCAGCCUCAAGGACCAGCCGAGGAGCAGAAGCAAGAAUGGCUCAUGGCCUUAUUUAUGGAGCCUGGCAAGGCGGAUUUCGAUGACGAUGCGGCCUUCUUGAAGCUGAGUGGUGAAGAGUUCGAGAUGCCCAUCGACGCCAAAGGAAACACUGCUCUACACUGGGCUGCCACGUUGGCCAGAAUUCCGCUCGUCAAGAAGCUACUGGAGCGCGGCUUCAACAUGCGUCGCGGCAACAGUGGCGGAGAGACUGCCCUGGUGGCCGCUUGUCAGGCGAGAAACAACCUCGACCAAUCCAGCUUCCAUCAGCUCCUCGAACUGCUAGGUCCGAGCAUCGAAGUUCGCGACGGUCGUGGUAGGACACUGUUGCACCACAUCGCGGUAUCGUCUGCCAUGAAAGGCCGCGCCGCUGUCGGUCGCUACUACCUAGAGACGCUACUCGAAUACACUGUCCGCCAAGGCUCUGGCUCGCAAGGAGUUAUGAAUGGCAGUCAGCCUGAGAACACACCCAUCACUCUAGCUCGAUUCAUGAAUGAGAUCGUCAACGCUCAAGACAAGGCGGGCGACACUGCUCUGAACCUCGCUGCACGGACCAGUACGACCACCAUCAUCGACCAGCUUAUCGAGGUUGGCGCCGAUCCCACGAUCCCAAACCGGGGGGGUCUCGCACCUGUUGACUUUAAUGUCAGCUCUGGCCCUAACGGUGUCGCACCCCACCAGAACAGCAUCAACGCUUUCGACAUGGCGAUUGCGGAGAAUGAGUCAUCGCAGAAGUCGAUCGAGGAGGCGGAGGAGAACAUUCUCAACUCGAUCCGACAGGUGCUCUCACAAUCGAAUGCCGACUUCCAAGCCGAGAUGAAGGAGAAGCAGGAAGUACUCGACAAGACUAAUGCCGCCCUUCGCGAGUCUAGCUCUGCACUCAAAGAAGAGCGUGGCCGCUUAGAGCGUUUGAGAGCACGUGUCCGAGAACAGGAGGAGCUCGAACACAAGAUUAAGAACCACCGUGCUGCGCAGACCUCACUCCGUGAAGAGCUCCAGUUGACGAACCCGGUCGGGGCCGAGCACACUAAUGUUGGCGAGGCGGACAAGGGACUGGAUCACAACGGCCAGCUCCACAUGAUGGAACAGCUUCUGGGCGGGGGCGUGCUCGAGUCCAACAUGCCGCUCAGCCAAGAGCAGAUUAAUUUCCUAGCGGGCAUGGAGCGAGCCGAGGUGUUGGUCGGACGAGUCAAUGCUUAUCGCGAGCACAAUGCGAGAUUGGAGAAGCAGGCGCGCGAAUUGCGAGCCAUGAGCCAUGAGCUCGAGAACAAGUACAAGAAGAUCAUUGUGCUGUGCACCGGGGCUGAGGCGGACCAGGUCGAUGAGUUACUUGACGGCCUGACACAAGCGGUCAUCAGUGAGCAGAAGGAAAUCGGCAACGGUACCGAGCUUGGUCGUGUUAGAGACUUCCUGCGCCUGGUCCAAGGUAGCCAGGAGUGA